UGGAGGCUCACUGAUACAUCCACAAUGGGUUCUCACUGCAGCCCAUUGCAUGUAAGUAAUGACACUAAACAGUGGAUGAUGAGACUCGGGGAACACAACAUGUUAGAUGACACAGCUCCACAUAUUGAUGUACCAGUCGAGAGGAUAUAUAAACACCCAGAAUGGUUUUGGGAGAAUGACACUGUUUUAUCUGACAUAGCAUUGGUGAAGCUAAGUGAACCAGCUGUGCUUAAUGAGAAUGUCAAUGUUGUAUGCUUGCCUGAUGAGGAAGACCUGAACAAAAUCCAACCAGGGAGACAUUGUAUGGUGGCAGGAUGGGGCCGGACAAAGGAUUACAUGUAUAAUGGCAGUCUAUCUGAUGUGGUUAAACAUGUGAGACUCCCUAUUGUCGACCCUGAGGAAUGCAACACUAGCAUACUUGGUGGACUACAUAACAUUACGAUAGCUGAGAGUGAAAUCUGUGUGCAUGCAGAGGAUACAGUCAUUGGAGUAUGUCAUGGUGAUUCAGGCAGUCCCCUGGUGUGCUAUGACGAGGAGGAUGACACUUAUGUUCAGAUGGGGGUUGUGUCUAGGGGUGGCGUAUGUGGAGAGGAGCCUAGUGUGUUCAUCAAAGUCAAUGCAUACCUUAAUUGGAUAGAGGAAGUAGUGCGAGCUGAUGGCGUGUAUUAACGCAAAGAAACUGUCAUACAAAUGUAAACAGAAC